AUGUCUCCUUUCCGCUUGUGCUAUGGAAAGAAUUGUCACCUUCCGGUCGAGCUUGAGCACAAAGCUAUGUGGGCUAUCAAAUUUUUGAAUUUUGACUUGGAAGCAAGUGGUGAGAAGCGGAAGCUUGAUCCUUGUGAGUUAGAGGAAAUUCGGGAGGAGGCAUAUGAAAGUGCCAAAUUGUUUAAGGAGAAGACAAAGGAGCUACAUGAUCGAAAAUUGGUGAAGAAGGCCUUUGAGCCCAAACAAAAGGUUCUCCUAUACAACUCUAAACUUCGUCUCUUUCCCAGUAAAUUGAAGUCAAGGUGGAGUGGACCCUAUGAAGUAGUGGAAGUGUUCCCUCAUGGUGCUAUUGAAGUAAGAAAUUUGAAUGAUGGGAGAACUUUCAAGGUUAAUGGGCACCGGCUUAAACCAUAUCAUGACUCCACUUUCGAUUCUCAUCAUGAGGUGACUUACCUCGAUGAUGCUUCUUAA